AUGGGAUGGCUUCCAUUCUACAGGCACUGUUGGGCUGGCAUAUCGGGGUCCAUUGAGAAAGAUGACCCUUCUCCCUACUCAGCUGCCUUGCGCGAGCUGAGAGAGGAGACCACGCUAACAAGUCCCGGGUCCCUGGAGUUCAUUCGCACGGGCAAGCCUUACUCUUUUGUCGACGAGGAUCUGAAUCGGGAAUGGACAAUUCACCCAUUCGGAUUCCGCCUCAAGACCGAAGCCGAAGGCGGUCAAGGCGAAAAGGGACUACAGAUAGACUGGGAGCACGAGGGCUGGCAAUGGCAUGAUCCGGCCCAUGUGAGUGACACUAAAGAGUUCGGCGGAGUUCCACAUAUCGCGGAUAGUCUACGAAGAGUCUGGUUUGAGAAAGUUCUCGGCGAUGGGCCGGGCGCGAUCCUUGCCGAGGGCCUUGAUAGGCUCAAGAACGACCACGAGAGCGGCGCCCGUCAGUUGGCCGGCGAGGCCCUGUCCAUCCUCCGGAAUGUCGUCGCUGCGCUCGACCGCGACGAGCCAGCUGAGAUCUGGUGGGCCAAUGUCCGGAUUGCAGCCUGGCACAUCUGGAAAAAUGGCCGGGAGAGCAUGGGCGCAGCCAUCAUGAAUGUCCUGCUUGGCGCCCUCCGGAGCAUCGAAGAAACAAUGCGGCAGCACGAAGAGCACCCAGACUCUGUUCACUCACUUAAAUGGCGGGACUCGGUCGUGGAGAGCCUAGAACGGCUGAUAUCACUGCGGGCCACUAAUUCUGCGGGGGUCGUGUCUGCCGCGUUUCUCGAUUACUUGCAGAGCGCCUUUUCUGCUAAAUCUGGUACCAAUGCACCCUUGUCGAUUCUUACGCUAUCAGAGAGCUCGACGAUUGCGCAGUGCCUCCAGCUGGUCGCGCAAAAGGCCGACCUGCCAAUCGACCUUCGCAUACUCGAGUCGAGGCCCUUAUACGAAGGCGUGUCGCUCGCGGGGUCUGUCGCACAGGCUUGGGCAGCCCUGGACGGAGAGCAACGGGACGUAGCCAAGUUCAAGAUCACCAUUUAUACAGAUGCGUCGGCCGCAAUCGCGGCAGAGGGCGUCGACAUUGUCCUGAUUGGGGCGGACCGAAUCGCGUCGUCGGGGGCCGUGAGCAACAAGACUGGCUCCCUCCCCGCCGUCCUGAGCGCCAAGCACGUCUCCCCAUCAGCCAAGACAGUCGUGCUAGGCGAAUCUGAAAAAGUCGCACCGCCAGGCGAUCCACGGGAACAUGUCGUCGAGGAUAACGACCCCAUGCAGUUGGUGCGGGCGUGGGAGGCUGGACAGAAUGGCGAGAGGGUGCGAAGUGCCGCGACGGGAUUGUCCGCCGCGGUCGGUCGUGGUCUGGACCGCCACCAGGCCGGAGGAUUGGAUGGAGUGGCGGUCCAGAUCAGGAACGUCUUCUUUGAAUGGGUCCCGCCAGAUCUAAUCGACGUCUACGUGACAGAAUUCGGGGUAUGGAGACUGGAGGACAUCGCCAAGCACUCUGAGAACCUGGGAGCGGAGGAACAGCGACUCUUCAAGGAUUUGUAG